GUAGCCAAGUUUUUGAACAGUCUAAAGUAGAAAAACCUUAUUAAACAAAAAGUCACUCAUACGCAUUUUAGUUCUUUCUUGCUAAGUUAGCCUGGGAAUACUGUCAGUCAAGAACGCAAAAGAGGGAACAGAGAGCUCAUCCUUUUGGGUUUGGAUAUCACAAAAAGUCAGAGAGUGGGAGUUUUGGCUUGUGUCUUGUUGUGGGUUUCAGAUCACUCACUUCACUUGGUCUCUUGGAUCAGGAUCGAAGAAAUACCGGUAUUGUAAGUGAACUGAUGAGUAAAGGAAAGCAUUUCAUAUUGAUACGAAAUCCUCUUAAAAUACUGGUCAGACUUUCUCAUCAAACACUGGCUCUCAACUUUAGCCAAUGUUUCAACUAAUGCUCUUCUCUGUUUCUCGAAUUAGGCUUGGGGGAAUUAGUGUCGACAUACAGUGAUCUCUGUCAGAUGGGAAUGCCACCAGCAGUCAUCAAUGCGGAUGAGCUUCAGCGAGAUCUCGAGCUUGUGAAAAUCGAUGGGCGUGUGAUUGGUGACGGAAAAGUUGGACCGAUAACGAGAACUCUGCAAAACGCCUACAAGAAAUUGACAGAGGAUUCAGGAUCGAAGAAAUAUCGGUAUCCUAAGGUAAAAAGUCUCUUUCUGAUUGCUUGUAUUGGAACCUUCAAAGUUCGUAUCAUCAUACUUCUUGCAUGUGACGAGAUGGCAAAGGUUUCUAUUUUUGACUCGGUUGUACAAGGCGCUGACUCGGUAGUGGAAAGAAUACGGAUUUACAAGGGAAAGAUAUUCAAGCUUGAGGAACAUCUAAAACGAUUUCUCACAAGAUUCAGCCAUUCGGAGUCUCCACAUGUUGAAUCGAAGACUGUAACUCCUCAUUUUUCUCCUUGUUCUACGGUGUUUCAAACUGGCGGGAAUGCUAGUUCUUCCGGGACAAGUGAGACGAUUAAGAAGUAUCGUCGGAGACCAAGUCAGCACAAGAGAAAAGCGCAGGCUGCAAAAGAGACUAAGGAUGCCCUGAAAGUGGAGUUAGUUUACAGAGAAAAAGCAAGACAAGAGGGAGGAGAAGGUGUGUCUUUGAAGAGAAAAGCGGAGGAGAAUGGUUUGUCAUCACCAAAGAUUGCUAGGCGGUCUGAAAAUGAUUUAGCGGUGGUUCCGUAUGAGGAACCGCCGAAGCAAGAAAUGAGACGUGUUCAUUUCCCGGAUAUUUUGUUUCUCCUGGAGACGAAAAACUCCAGUAAUCACGUGUUGGAUGUUAAAAAAUGGUUAGGUUAUGAUUCUUCUCAUAUAGUUGAUCCUGAAGGUAAACGCAAUGAUAUGUGGAUCCAAAUCAGAUUAGAUAGAGCUCUUGGCAAUUCUGAAUGGUUUCAUCUUUUUCCGAGAGUUCAAGCUGAAUAUCUAGAGCGGGUGGGUUCGGAUCACAGGCCCUUACUGACCAGGUUCGUCAAUGAGAAUCAAACAUUUAGAGGUCGCUUCAUGUUUGAUAAACGGUGGACUGCAAAACCGGAAACUUUGGAGAUUAUUAGACACGGUUGGAACAGUGAAGGAAUGGAUGUUCAUGCAAUAGAAGAAGCGGAACUGUGGAAUAAGUUAAAGGAGACACAACCGCAGCCUCCUCUUGGUACUGGUUUGAAUGCUCGCCGUGAGACCAGAUGGGAUCAGUCUGGCAGUGGGAACCAAGGACCAAGGCAAAGGGCUGCUGCUUUAGCUGCCUUGCCUUAUGCAUUUAAUUCUUCUUCUGCUCUCCGGGGACUAGUCCUGAAAGGCAGAGAGUGUGUUGCUUUGUUUCUUCCCUUCGCUUGUGGAUUGAAGAGAUGGAGAUGUUACGAGACUAGUCCUGGAGUUGGAAGCAUAACUUCAUUGUUGUGACAGAUCAUCGCUCUCAUCUUUUUCACUAAUUACCAAAGUUUGUUGUGUGUUUUAGUUCUCUCUUGCUAUUCUUAAUUUUAUGCUAUUUGAUGUUUGGCUUUUCCAAUUACUAACCGUAAUUUCAAUUUUGACCUUUUUAGGAGUUGCAAACAUUAUGGAAGAAAGAGGAGUCGAAGAAAACUUCCUCUGUUUU